GUUUUAAAUAAAAGCAAUAACUUUGCGUUAUUAUACAAUCAAAAUUGUUAAAGCAAUAUACGAUGAAAUGUUCAAAUUGAUGGCAAUAAUGUUUUAUAAUAAAAUUUGUGUUAACCUCUAUUUCUGUGAUGUUGAUAUUAAUGAUUAUUACUAUUAUUAUUAUUAUUAGUGAAUAAUUAUCAAAAUAGGUUCUAAAGUGGUCAACAAACAGAGGAGGCAAAGCCUACCUCUUCACCAAAAAUGUCAUACAAAGGAUUUGAAGAAGAAUACACGUAGAGGGGAUAUGGAUCUCGAUUUGGAUUAUUUGGAACGACGAGUUGGCGAUACGAUAGGGGAUGAGAAUGUUGACAGUGGCUCUAAAGAGGAAGAUAGCCCCGCAGACAGUCUUGAUCGUGUUAAAGUGAUUUUUUUAGGAGCUCCUGGUGUUGGAAAAUCCAGUAUUAUACGUCAAUUUGUUUGGAAUGAAUUUUUUGAAGAUUAUCGUCCAACAGAACGACGAGAAACAUUUUAUCCGAGCGUAGUCCACGCAGAUCGACUCUAUGAGCUUAAAAUAACGGAUUUACCAACAAUUCCGUACUUUCCAGUCAGUACACAUUUAGAGUGGACGGAUUUUAGGUAUUAUGGACUUAGGAGUGCUACGGCUUAUGUUCUUGUAUUUGAUUUAAGUAAUCAAGACACUUUUCAGUAUAUCCGGACGCUGCGGGAACAAAUGUAUGAAGCAAGGGAUAUGAGAGGUGUACCGUUGCUUGUCGUUGGUAAUAAACAAGACAAAUUGUCGGCGGUAGUUGCUUCCGGGGCUCGAUAUCGUGACAUUGUUAAUCUUGUAAGGAAACACUGGAGAUGUGGAUACGUUGAAUGUAGCGCAAGAUUUAAUUGCCGUGUUGUACAGGUAUUUCGUGAGUUAAUGAAAAGUAUUCAAGCUGCUGAGGGUACAACGCCCUCACCAACCCCAACGGCAUCUCAACACCAACAGCAACAACUUCGUUCAGCACACACAUCUCGGGAUACAAGUGACAAGUGCUUCAUCAUUUGACAAAGAGAUACAUCCUGUCCUCCAACUAGAAAAAUUACGACAAACAACUCGCCAAUAAUUUAAUAAAUUUAAUAAACAAAUCACUGCGAUUAAACAAAAAA